UCUGGUUCAUGGUCUCCAUUGUAGAACCAUCUUAGGAGAAAACUGCUCAUGAAUAUUGCAUUUUCCUCCAGGAAAGUAUUCAACUGAAUCUCAUCUAAUAGAAAGAAGAGUUUCAGCUCAAUCAUAAUGAAUAUUUCUCCAGGCUUUGUGAAAGAAGAGUUUCAAGGGUUUAGUUCACCAUACAACCAUGGUGAUCCAUCCAUGGCUCCUCAACCAAGGGAGGGGCUUCUUGAUUCUUUCCCUCCUCCUUUCCUCACCAAAACCUAUUAUCUCGUCGAUGAUCUGAACACUGAUCACGUAAUCUCUUGGAGCAAUGGUGGCAACAGUUUUGUUGUUUGGGAUCCCCAUUCAUUCGCCAUGAAUCUGCUUCCUAGGUUCUUCAAGCACAGCAAUUUCUCAAGCUUCGUGAGGCAGCUCAACACUUACGGAUUUGGAAAGGUUGAUCCGGAUAAAUGGGAGUUUGCCAACGAAGACUUUCGAAGAGGGCAGAAACAUCUGCUGAGGAAUAUCAAGAGGAGGAAGACAAACUCUAGUUCUCAUCAGUCUUCACUGCAAGUUCUCGGUGUCCACCCUCGCCUUGAUGAAAUGGGUGCAUUUGGAUUGGUUUCAGAAGUGGAUAUACUGAGACGGGACAAGCAUGCUUUGAUGGCGGAGCUGGCGAGUCUCCGGGAGCAGCACCAGAGCACCAGAGCUCGUCUCAAAACAAUGGAGGAAAGAUUCAGUGGGACAGAGAUGAAUCAGCGACGAAUGAUGAGUUUCGUGGCAAGUUCAAGUCAAUUGAUUCUGCAGAAGAAGAGAAGAGAAGAAACUGAGGAGGAAGAAGAAAAGCUUGGAAAGCGGAUGCCUAUGGCUAUGGGUGUUUAUGGGUUCAGAGAUUUGAAGGUUGAGCGAGUUGCAGAGGAGAUUCAGGGGCUGAACCGAUCGGAGAAGUUCGAGGAAGAAGAUGUGGGUGGAGAAGAAAGGCAGGAAUGUGGAGAGAAGACGGUUGAUCAGAGGUUCUGGGUAGAUUUGUUGAAUGAAGGGGAGUGAAAGUAAAGACAGGGGAGCUUACCGGGUGGGUGAAACUGAAAAGACAAGGAUGGGUCAUGGGUGGUUCGAACUUAGACUACUACUAGUUUUGUUAAGACAUACGGAUAAGUAAUAUGUUUAACAAUGAUGUGAAAUUGGGUUAUGUAAAUGAGUUGUGCACUAUAGUUUUAAAAAAAUUGUAUUUUAAUUGAGAAUCUCUUUCUUGUGGUGGGUGGAGGGUCGGACACUCAAUUUUCAUGAAAUUCGAGAUUUCAAAACUAGCCAGACUGCCCCUUACCCCCAAGAAUGUCUAAAGUUUUAUGAGAAGUAAGCUAAUGAAAACACGUUUAGAGGCUUGUAGUACUGAGAAUAAUCAAUAAAUUCCCACUAAGCCGGUCGGUGGCUUCACUUAAUUCUUCUUUUUAUAUUUGUCUCUUUGUUAAUUCCCACUAAGCCUGGACGUUUCUGAGAGAGAAUUUGAAACCAGGUUUUUGCCGAAUCCGAGUGACUUUGUUAUUUAACACAUUUUUAUAACCUUCCCACCUCGUCAACACAUAAUAUUUGAUAUAUAGUAGUUUGACGACUGAGAAUGCAGUGUGUGUGUGUAUCUUCAUCGCAUUUACAGAAAACUUAUUAGAUUCUCAUGAAAACGGCAACUUCUGGUUCUACUUA